AUGACACCAAAUUCCGCGAACCUUCUUGAACCGUCUGAAAUCGCAGCCGCCUUCUGGCGCUACCGUUGGAGAGUUGCGAGCUUCGUUGUCCUCGUCGCGAUGGCAACCGUGGCAGCGGUAGUUUUUGUACCUCGCGAGUAUGCGUCUGAAUCAAAGCUCUUCGUUCGCGUGGGACGCGAGUCCGUAGGCUUGGACCCCACCGCCACCACGGGGCAGACCAUGCCGAUUCAAACCAAUCGCGAAGUCGAGGUUCAAUCGGUACUGCAGCUACUGCAGAGUCAGUCGUUGUUGGAACUGGUGGUCGACCAAAUUGGUGCAGAACAACUGCUGGUCGAUCCAGACCCCAGUUUUGUCUCCGCUAGCCUGUCGAAUCUCAGUGGUCUCAAAAACCAAGUGAAGACGGCCCUGUUGGGCGAAAGUGAUCUCUCCCCCGAGCAGAUCAUGCAUGAGGAGGCCCUGGAAUUACUUAAAGAUAACGUCGGCAUGUCAGUGGCCGAAGAUUCGACCGUCAUCACGGUCAGUGCCAGGGCUCGUUCGCCGCAGUUGGCCCAAGAGAUCACCUCGGCCCUGGUCGACGCCUAUUUGCAAGAGCACGCCCGCAUUCACCGCACAGCAGGCUCCGAGGCGUUCUUUGUCGAACAAACCGAUCGGAUUGGCACCGAACUGGAUGAAACGCUCGCUGAGCUACGUGACGCCAAAAACCAGCACGCUUUCGUCACCAUUGAAGGUCAGUUGGAGCUGAUCGAAGCCCAAAAGGCAGACAUCGAGCAGGAGCAGCUUCGCACUGCCCGACAGUUGGCCGAGUCGCAGUCGACGUACAACGCAUUGACCAGUGCUUUGGGCGAUCACGACGCGUUGGUUCUCGCAGAACGUGAGGAACGUCCUAGCGAGGCGGCCGACACGAUGCGUCAUAAGUUGUUUGACUUGGAAAUGAAGGAACAAGAGUUCCAGUCCAAGUACACGAAAGACCAUCCGCUGAUGCAGGCCCUGAGCGCACAGGUAAGCGAAGCUCGCAAGAUUCACGAGGGCGUAAAAGAGUUCCGCGAAGAACCGAUCUACGCCAUCAACCCCACUCGCCAAAAACUGGAGCUGGACUUGGUCGCCGCCAAGUCGCGAGUGGUUUCGUUGCAGGCCCUGGAAGAUUCCCUGGAAGAUCAGCAUGCCGAGAUGCUGGCCAAACUACAGGCGGUAAACGAGCAAUCAGUUCGCAUUGCCGAACUCGAGCGUGAAGCCAAUCGGCUCAACGAGAGCUACGACGCCUACGCGGUCAACCUGGAGCAGGCACGCAUCGAUAGUGCCCUGCAGCGUCAGCACAUCACCAACGUCAACAUCGCUCAAAACGCCACGCUCAGUCAUCGACCGGUCAGCCCGCAGAGCAUCAUCUUGCUUGCCCUGGGGGCUGUCGUUGCCGUGGGCGGAAGUUUAGGAAUUGUUUUAGGCUCCGAACGUGUCAACCGACGGCUCCGAUCGGCCGAGGAGAUCGAAGCCGACCUAUCCAUUCCCGUGCUCAUGACUUUACCCCGUUCCGUCAACCGAGGUGUCUCCACGGUCGCCGCGAACCUGGCACUAGCCGCCGCAGAGAUGAGCCUGGGGCCGGUUCUUCUCGUGGACGCCAACCUGCCAAACCCCGACAUCGCAAGCAUGUUUCAGAUUGAUCCCUCUGCAGGCGAGAAGGGUUUCAUCAACGCUCUACUGGGCGAAGACUGGCAUGACCUCGUGGUGCCCACUUCGGUAUCCAACCUUUCAGUCAUGCUGCCGGGUGAAGUUGGACAAAACCGUCAGUUGCUCAACGAACGGGCAACUAUCCGACGGACGAUCGAACAACUCCGCGAAGAUUUCGAAUGGGUCAUCUUCGACCUGCCACCCGCCACCGAAUUGAGCGAAUGUUUCGCGCUGUCUGGGCAGCUCGACAGUGUGCUCGUCGUUGUGCAGGCCGAUGGGCCUUCACGCGAUGAGGUGUACAGGGAAGAGGGCCAACGUAAGAAGAACUGCCGCUCGCGGGCACGGAGUCGAGUACACCCCGCCACCCACUUUCGCGCCAUCAUCGAGCGCGAAAGAUCGAGGGCUGACCGGAGUGACUCAAUGCUUUCCCUGGUCAGAAUCAAUCACGUAGUCAAUGGCAAGUCGCCAAAGGCGCUUGAUGAAUUGGUUGCGUUCCUCGAUCAACGCCUGCGCGUGACCGACGACUUCGGCAUGCUCGACGAUUCUCGUUUGGGCGUCGUCCUUCCCGAUACAAACGACACGGGAGCAUGGAAAGUCGCCGACGAUAUCACCGACUUCAUGGUCGGUAAGAAGUUAAGCAUCACCUGCGAGGUAUUCACUUACCCCGGGCACAUGCCUUCAGAUGAAGGCGGGACUCACGACGGGAACGGACAAGAAUCCAACGGUUCCGCCUUCCAUCACAAUGGUAGCCCCACGCACAGCUACCGUCCUUCGCGGCCCAUGAUGGAAAUCUUGAGCCAAGGGCUGCCUUGGUGGAAACGCGGGAUCGACAUCGUUCUCUCGGGCACUGCCCUGAUUGUGUUGCUCCCUCUGUUUGCUCUGAUCGCGUUGGCAAUCAAGCUCACUUCACCAGGGCCAGUCUUCUUCCGCCAGAUAAGAAGUGGACGGGGAGGGCGAACCUUCGGCCUCUACAAGUUCCGCUCGAUGGUGACCAAUGCCGAAGCGUUGCUCGCCGGCCUGGCCGACCAGAACGAAGUUUCAGGGCCCGUUUUCAAGAUCAAACGCGAUCCGCGGAUCACGCCCGUGGGGCACUUUCUGCGACGCUCGAGCUUGGACGAACUCCCCCAACUCUGGAACGUGUUGGUCGGAGAUAUGUCGCUCGUAGGGCCGCGUCCGCCGAUCCCGGCCGAAACUCAUGAGUACGAUCGCUGGCACCAUCGCCGUCUGGAAGUGACACCAGGGAUCACCUGCAUCUGGCAGGUGUCCGGCCGAUCGAACGUGCCGUUCACCGAAUGGAUGCGGAUGGAUAUUCGCUACACGCAGCGUGUCUCACUUCGUGAAGACUUGCGCAUCUUGCUAAAAACUGCCCCCGCCGUACUGACCGGCGAUGGCGCUAACUAA